CGCUCGGCUGUCGCGCACAUUGUGUCGAUAUACCGGUCCGCCGCUGCCGUGUUGUGCUUUUAUUCUCGCUCUGUACGGUAAUGUCUGCACAUUCCGCCGAAGAGCCGUUCCCGUUCCACGGGCUGCUUCCGAAAAAAGAGACCGGCGCUGCUUCGUUCCUCACAAAAUUCCCGGAGUACGAUGGCCGAGGGGUGCUCAUCGCGAUCCUCGACACCGGGGUGGACCCAGGUGCCCCGGGCAUGCAGACUACGACGGACGGGAAACCCAAGAUCGUGGACAUCAUUGACACGACGGGCAGCGGCGACGUGAACAUGUCCAGUGAGGUGGAGGUGAAGGAUGGGCUCGUGACCGGACUGAGCGGACGCACGCUACGAAUUCCUGCUGCUUGGGUCAAUCCGUCUGGGAAGUAUCACAUCGGAAUAAAGAACGGUUAUGAUUUUUUCCCUAAAGCUCUCAAAGAGAGAAUACAGAAAGAGCGUAAGGAGAAGCUGUGGGAUCCAGCACACAGAGCAGCUCUCGCUGAGGCCAGUCGCGGGAUAGAAGAGUUUGACCAGACCCACCCAAACCCAUCACAGAUGGAGAAGCUACAGAAGGAGGAACUACAGUGUCACAUGGAGCUGUUAGGAGCCCUGGAGAAGAAGUACAGUGAUCCAGGGCCGGUUUAUGACUGUAUAUCGUGGCAUGACGGCGUCACAUGGAGGGCUGUGGUGGACACGUCUGAGACCGGAGACCUGUCGUCUUGCACCAUCCUGAGCUCUUAUCGAGAACGACAGGAAUACGCCACACUGGGAUACGCCGAGAUGCUCAAUUACUCCAUAAACAUCUAUGAUGAGGGAAACACUCUGUGUAUCGUCACCAGCGGAGGGGCUCAUGGGACGCAUGUCGCCAGCAUCGCAGCGGGUCACUUCCCCGAUGAACCCGAGCGGAACGGUGUCGCUCCAGGAGCUCAGAUCCUGGCUGUGAAGAUCGGAGACACGCGCCUCAGCACAAUGGAGACGGGCACCGGCCUCAUACGAGCUAUGAUUGAAGUCAUAAACUAUAAGUGUGAUCUUGUGAACUACAGUUACGGGGAGGCGACACACUGGCCAAACUCAGGGAGGAUCUGUGAGGUCAUCACGGAAGCUGUACAGAAGUAUAAUGUGUUGUUUGUGUCGAGCGCUGGGAAUAAUGGCCCGUGUCUCUCCACCGUGGGCUGCCCCGGAGGAACCACCAGCAGUGUGAUCGUCCCCGGCGGAGCCAUCGCCUCCGUGCCCAACUGGACGCUCCGCGGCACGCAGCUGAUGAACGGCACCUCCAUGUCCUCUCCGAACGCCUGCGGAGGAAUCGCUCUGCUGCUCUCAGGUCUGAAGCAGAACGGCGUGCGGCCCACGGUGCCGGCGGUGCGCAGGGCUCUGGAGAACACGGCUCUGAAAGUGGAGGAUAUAGAGGUGUUUGCACAGGGUCACGGCAUCAUUCAGGUGGAGCGGGCAUUCGACUACCUCAUGCAGCAUGUGUCGCUGCCCACCAGCAGCCUCGGCUUCACCGUGACCGUGGGAUCGCAGCGAGGCAUCUACCUCAGGGGCCCGACACAGGUCACCGGCCCGUCCGAUCACGGGGUCGGCAUCGAGCCUGUGUUUCCAGAGAAUACAGAGAACUCGGCCCGUAUCUCGCUGCAGCUGCAUCUGGCUCUCGUCUGCAACGCUGCCUGGGUUCACUGUCCGUCGCAUCUGGAGCUCAUGAAUCAGUGCCGGCACGUCAACGUUCGCAUCGACCCGCAGGGCCUGCGAGAGGGGCUGCACUACACCGAGGUGUGUGGAUACGACACGUUGGCUCUCAGCGCCGGUCCUCUCUUCAGAGUGCCUAUAACGGUUAUAAUCCCUGCGAGAGUAGCUGACAGUCGCAGUCAGGAGAUCACGUUCACAGACCUCCACUUCAGACCAGGACAGAUCCGGCGGCAUUUCAUUACCGUUCCUCGUGGAGCAUCAUGGGCAGAGAUCUCGUUAACGUCUCAUUCUGGAGACGUGUCGUCGAAGUUCGUCCUGCAUGCGGUUCAUCUGGUGAAGCAGCGAGCGUAUCGAGUCAAUGAGUUUUAUAAGUUCUCGUCUCUCCUGGAGAAGGGCUCGCUCACGGAGGCUUUUCCUGUGCUGCCAGGACACACUCUGGAGCUCUGUGUUGCUCGCUGGUGGGCGAGUCUGGGUGACGUCACCAUUGAUUAUGUCAUUUCCUUCCAUGGGCUGCUGACGACACCUUCUCCUAUUCAUAUCCACGCCUCUGAAGGGAUUUCUAGUUUUCAGGUUUGUUCUCCGCUGAGAUAUGAAGACGUUUCCCCAACAAUCACACUGAAGAACUGGGUUCAGCCUCUCCGGCCUGUAAGUGCUAAAAUAAAACCCCUCGGCGCCAGAGAUGUGUUACCCAACAACAGACAGCUGUAUGAGAUCGUCCUCACUUAUAAUUUCCAUCAGCCCAAGAGUGGCGAGGUGACGCCUAGCUGUCCGCUGCUGUGUGAGUUAUUAUACGAGUCUGAGUUUGACAGUCAGCUCUGGCUCCUGUUUGACCAGAACAAGAGGCUCAUGGGAUCUGGAGACGCUUAUCCACACCAGUACUCUCUGAAGCUGGAGAAGGGCGACUACGCUGUGCGUCUGCAGGUGCGUCACGAGCAGCAGAGCGAGCUGGAGCGUCUGAAGGACCUGCCGUUCCUCGUGUCUCACCGGCUCUCCAACACGCUCUCGCUGGACGUCUACGAGACGCACCGCGCUGCCAUGCUGGCCAAGAAGGCGGCCAACUCCAUCACACUGAGCCCCGGCGCGUCGCAGCCCUUCUACAUCACAGCCCUGCCCGACGACAAGAUCCCUAAAGGUGCCGGACCCGGCGGCUACAUCACCGGCUCGCUGGUUCUGCCCAAGAGUGAGUUCGGCAAAAAAGCUGAUAUCGUGCCAAUCUUUUACCACCUGGUUCCUGCUCCCAACAAAACCAAGAAUGGAAAAGGAGAAAAGGAGAAGGAUGCGGAGAAGGAGAAGGACGUGAAGGAUGAGUUCACUGAAGCGCUGCGAGACCUAAAGAUCCAGUGGAUGACCAAGCUGGAGAGCAGCUCGCUGUUCGAGGAGCUAAAGGAGGCGUUCCCCACACACCUGCCUCUUCAUGUGCAGAGACUGCAUCAGCUGGACUCAGAGAAGGAGCGCUCGAAGCGCCUGCCAGAGAUCGCAGCUGCAGCCGAUGCGGUGGUGUCUCACAUCGACCAGACCGCUCUCGCCGUCUACUUCACCCUGAAGACGGAUCCACGGCCCGACGCCGCCUCCAUCAAGAGUGACAUGGAGAAGCAGAAGGCGUCUCUGCUGGAUGCGCUCUGCAGGAAGGGCUGCGCUCUGGCGGAUCAGCUGAUGCAGACGUCUGCGCAGGAGGACUCCAGCGCAGCUGAAGUGGGCAGCUCUGAGGACGAGCCGCAGGCCAAAGUGCUGACAGACACCUUCUGGGAGCUGCAGAAGUGGACAGAGCUCACCGACUCUAAGGUUCUAGCAUUUUCCUACAAACACGCGCUGGCAAAUAAAAUGUACGCGAGAGCCUUGAAGUUCGCGACUAAGAUCGUCGAGGACAAACCCAGCAAAGAGAACUGGAAGAACUGCAUACAGCUGAUGCGCUCUCUAGGCUGGAUGCACCUCGUCUUGUACUCUGAGAACUGGCUGCCCAUCAUGUUCCCGUCUGACUACACGCCCUUCUAAAGUCGUUCGGUUUUAACCGAGGACACUUUUAAUGCCUUCAGGAAGCAAACACUUCAUAUCACACGGUCCUUCACGGAUCCCACAAUGCCUUUCUGUGCGGAUCACAGCACUGAACCCACAGUUCUCAUGCUACAGCUUGAAUCAUAUCGCUGUGUACUCGCGUGACGCUCCAGCCUUCGUCUCUUUUUAAGGGGAACUUGUAUAAUAACUUGCAUUAUGUAGUUACUGGGCAUUUGCACAGUGGACAUUUUUCCCCUUUAACAACAAUAACAGCGUAAAGGUCAGAUGAGCUUCUGAACACAGAAAACGUCAAGGCAAUAUGAUGGACAGUGACUAAAAUCAAGGAAAACUAACUUUAUUUCUGCAUUUUGUUUUUACAUUUUGGGGUGAAUUGUUUUUUUUGUUUUUGUUUUUAUAUAUGAUUGACCCUUAUGUAAGUCAAAUGCAUGCAUGUUCAAUAAAGACACAAGUGUCAUUUCAUGUUUCAUGUUCAAAAGUCUGAGCUUUUGUGUGAUUGAAAGUCCAAGUUUUCUCAUGUUCUGAGCCUGGACUCGAAUAUUUCCUUCUGAAUUUGUCGUUUGGGUGUGUAAGUGAAGCGGAGAUUGUCACGCUUUCUUUUAGCGUUUAAAUGUGUGCGCUCAUCUUGUGUGUCUCGAGUGAUUCUUCAGGGUUUAGACAUUGAAAACAGAUCAUCUCUGCAUAUCCCUUCGUGAACUGCAAAAAAUGAUUUUCUUCCUUAGUAU